AUGUCAACUGCUAGCGCGCCAGGAGCAAUGCAGGUGUUUCCGGGCAAAGGCCUUGGUAAUCUGACAUUGGGAAGCUCUCUUCAUAAUGUAUUGAGUCGCAUCAAGUCGCGUCCUCAAACAUACCCCGCCAUCGACCUCGCAUAUUCCUCGACAGAACCACUUAUAGAGCCCGUUGUGCUCAAUCUUCCUAAAAAUGGGCUGAGGCUAAGAUUUGACGGACCCGAUCAACGAUUGCGACUGAUUGAGGUUCUUGACUUUUCCAAAGCUCCCCUUGUAUAUAAGAACCACGAAGUCGUGAAGAUUCCGAAACCGCAAGAGCAACCUUUGCCUACUGGACCCAGCUUUCGUCAUGUAUACAAUCGGCUUUUCGGGCCUUCUUAUCCAGGUGAAUAUAUUCCGCCAGCAGAUGGCUCUCCUUUCGGCACCUAUGUUUUGUCAUAUCCGGGAGUGGCAUUCUCCUUCCCGCUACAAGACUCGGCCUGGUCCAAUAACUGUGAUUUUGUGGCCCUCCUUUCGUCCUCUGCAGCAUCUCCAGCCACUUCGAUGGCCAUCUUUCAAGGUGCAUCAUGGUCUGAAGCUCGAAACAAAUUGUUUACUGCCCCGCCUCAGCUACCGCGUUCUCCGGCGCUGAUCGGAAAGGGCAAGGAAGCAGUUCCGGAUGAGAUCGAAGAAAUCAGGGUCCUGGGAGCGGGAAGGAUAGAGCUUUUACGGAGAUCCAGCCCUUCUCUUGUCAUAAAUCUUUCCGAAACAACGCCCCAAGACUUAAUCGCGGAACUUGGACCGCCUGAUGCAAUAUAUCGUAAGAAUGACCGCAGGAUAUCCAUACAUAAUGCUCGGGGCGUGAAUCAACCACGUUUGCUAAGCCCAUCUCCCGGGCGUGGCCUCGAUACACCAGAUACAGACCACUCUUCAAACAAUAGUCCGGAAGACUCUGAUGAUGAGACCUUUUCAAGCUCCAAGGUCGAUCCCUCAUCUCUUCCUUCAGAAUGCUUCUUUAACUACUUCCAUCAUGGAUUUGACGCCUUUAUAUCUUAUCCCACGCCCUCGGGCCCGGCAUUGCCAGGCUCGGAGUUAUCAGACACMCCMCCUCCCGCCACAUCCUCUCUACUUACCGUCACUAAGCUCAUCGUUCAUGGUAAUGUUCCAGGGUCAUAUCCAUUUAACCGUUAUCGGCGAAGUCGUUGGAAGAUCCUUCUCGAUGAUAGUGGCAGAGAAGUUCUAACGUCAGAAACGCAUUAUGAUGAAGUAGCGGAACGACUUCAAAACGUUUGGAAAGGGUCCUAUGCAUCAUCUUCAGAGGAAACAGCUCUCCAAAGAGGCAUGGUCCUGAACAGAGGCUGGGGUGAUAGUCCCGAAAGCAGCGUAGAAUUCCUUGGAGGAUGGGAGGAAAGUGUCGGCGGUAAACACAGAGCAGCCUCUUCAGGUCCCGACAGUGGACAGGGUCUAGGAAAUACAGAGCUCUACGGCUUCCCGGGUCUUCUUUUCGAGGUGUUGAAGAACGGCGCGGUCAGUUCCAUGACAAUAUAUUGA